CCUAAGCGUUUAAAAGGGAGGAGGGAUCACUUGACAGGAAUUGCCUCAGAAACUGUGAAAGCAGCCUGUAGAGCUGGGAGUGGAUAUAGUGAGCUAAACCUUAUAUGCUGAAUGAGAGGGUGUGAGAGUGUGGACCACAGCUACAUCACACUCCCACACUUUCAGAGAGACAGAAAGAGAGAGAGAGGGCUGUAGUGUAACACCACUGCUGGAGGGUGCGUGACCUCACACUUCUGCUUAUUAAGCGAAACAGCCAGUCUCUAAAGCUUAGGAAGAGAAGCCUGGAGAGUUAGUGUGCGAUUUGUCGAGGUGGAUGAUGAAGAUGUGUGUGUGUAGAACCACAUGCUGAAGUGGACACUUCCGACCCAAACUUGUGCCAGCUGCAUCUCUGAGGGACUUCAGACUCUGUGUCCAAGUGUGAGUGUGGUUGCGCAGGAGCAACUUUGAGUCUUCACUUUGUUUCAGAAUGGAUCAGCCGGCCAGCAGCUGCAUGCGGAGCUCCCACCCCGCCAGCUCUCUAUGGGGGUGUGUGAGAGGCCCUCACCCAGUCACGACCGCUGGAGCUGGGCCCUACCAGCAGACCCCCUUCUCCCUGCACCAGAAGCCCGACUUCCUGGCCUACACGGACUUCUCAGGCUCGUGUUUGGUGCCGGCGCCGCACGCAUACCCGCGCGAAGACAGGCUGUACCCAGAGCCCCACAGUGCUGCCUACCAGCGGACAGAGUGGCAGUUUGGCUCAUGCGAGCUGAGGGCCAGAGGUCAGGAGCCAUGCCAAGCGGCAGUGGGUGGAGGAGCAGACAUGGACAGUGCGGGAGUGGACAGACUGCCCGGGACAGUGACAGCCGCACUGGAUGGGGAAUACUCCCCUCAGAGUAUAGCCACAGCUGAGACGGAGAAAAAGAGCUGCAAGAGGAAAAGAGAACUCACAGAUAUCCAGGAAUCUGGCUUUAAGGCUGAUUCAAACUGCAAGGCCAGGAAGGAGCGGACAGCCUUCACUAAGGAGCAGCUGAGGGAGCUGGAGGCAGAGUUUACACAUCACAACUACCUGACCCGUCUGCGUCGCUAUGAGAUUGCUGUAAACCUGGACCUCACUGAGAGACAGGUGAAGGUGUGGUUUCAAAACAGACGCAUGAAAUGGAAGAGGGUGAAAGGUGGUCAGCCUGCUUCCCCCCAUGACCUAGAAGCAGAUGAGUUGGAUUCUGCAGCCUCGCCCAGUUCUGAGUAAAUGACCCUGACCUCCACCUCCAUGUACAGAGACAUUGACACGCACACCACUGUGCAUCCUGGGAUAUCUGCUACCGUGAAGCCACAAAUACAGCAUACAAUUAACAUAAUGCCAAGCUUAUAACACAUUCAAACAACUUUUGUUUUAUGGACAUUUUUGGGAUGGCCAGCUCCUCUGGGGUCACUAGUUUGGACACUUUCUUAAACCAAAAUUGGCUUAUUACCAAGCAAAUGAUAUCAAAGUCUGCAUUGUUUUAAUUCA